UUAAAAUUCUAAUAUUGGAAAGUCUUUAUUCCGGAACAGGAAGCAGUAGUAGUGGUGAUGGGAAUUUUAUAAAUCGGGCGUACGUGUGUGUGUAAACUUCAACUCACGUACGUUCUUUAAUACUCUCUCUCUCUCUCUGAUCUCGAACUUUUCUUCUUCUCUUCUCCGGCGACUUUUGGUUCUCUCCGACGAAAGCUAAAAACUGUUUUUGCGAUGGAGAGAGAUUUUCUCGGCAUGGCUUCAAAAUUAUCUUCUCGGAUAACUGUGAAAGAGGAAACUAACCAAGAUUUAGCCCCAAGUAGAGGUAUGAUGGAGUGGCCAUUCUCAAGCCAAAACUGUUCUUCUGCUCCUCAGAUUCUUUCUUUUGGGGCAUUUUCUGAUCAAGAUAGGCGUAUUAAGUCAGUCAAUGAUCGUUUGCUUCCUUCUGUUUCCUUCACACCAACAUCAGUUGCAUAUAAAAACCAGAGAACUCACUACAGCCAGCAAGAACAAACAACCAUCACAGCCUCCAUUUGUGAACCAAGAGGAAAAAGCUUUAAAAAUAGUUUCGCAAACCACCAAUAUUUGGGAGGAUCUCAUAUUAUGACACCUCCAGUUUCAGUCUUUCCUGGUCCAUGUCUUACUGUGGAGACAACUGAUGUUAGAUCAUCUUCCAAACGUAUAGGAUCACCAUCUUCUCAGUUAACAAUCUUUUAUGCCGGUGCGGUGUCUGUUUACAAAGACAUAUCUCCUGAAAAGGCCCAUGCAAUCAUGUUGCUAGCCAGAGAUGGACCUCAGGAUAAACCGGUUCCAAUGCCUAGACCUCAAAAACCGGUUCAUCAUCCAUUUGCAGUAGUCACUGAUCAUUCUAAAACCGGAAGUGGAACCACUGGACUUAGAGUAACAAAAACAAUGACGAGCUUAGCAUCCACGCACACUGAUGCCUCCAAUAUGGCUUCACCAGUUGGUUUACGGCAAACACGAAAAGCAUCAUUGGCUCGGUUCUUAGAGAAACGCAAAGAAAGGUAUUAUAAGCUAAAAGAUCAUUCACUUCUUCACAGUAUCAAGUGUAGUCAACAUAACUACUCUGUUUUGUUUUUUGUUUCCUUACAGGGUCAUUAACUUCUCACCUUAUUACGUAGAGAACAAGUCAUCAACAGACAGUAGAACACCGAUGUCUUAAUGCGUAAGCUCUCCUCCAGCUCAUCAGCUGCACUAAGACCAAUUUUAGACCCCUCAUGGUUCUUUUUCCCUGACCAUUUUGAGUAUAUGUGUCCUAUAGACUAUAGUAUAGUUAUAGCUUUUGUAUCUUCAGGUUUUAGUAGCAUGGGCUUGUAAAUGUAAAACCAAGUUAUAAGUUUAAUUUUGGGAACUGUCUGUUUUUGUCUUUACUCUUGUAUAUAUCAUAUGUGCAUAGAAGACUUUUCUAGAUUUUGUUGAAGUCUACUUUGUUUCCACCAGCUGAUGAUAAUAAUAUAUUGAUAUAAUAUGUU